GCAUGAUUGAGUUUUUCUCUACAGCCUACCAGUGUUUCUCAUAUGGUUAUCACAGAAGUAGGCAGCAGUUUGUACUUCUUACUUGGAUUAAAUCCUAACAAAGUAUGCCGUGGCAUAAUGACUCUGACUUGGCUAACUAUGGAUUCUUGAUGCAAACACAAGUCUAUUUGCUUCCUCCAACAAUUGAAUACAUCCUUGUGAGAAUAACACUGGUUGGCAUUGGGUUGUCUGUGGUGGGCUCGUUACUGUCUGUGUUUCUAGUUUGCUAUGUCCCUAUUCGAAGUGAUGCCUUAUUUUCUGUUUGCAACAUGUGCAUCGCCCUUAUUGGCGCCCAGCUAGCGUUUGCAGGGGCGGAGAAUGUUUUUCCCGAGAAGAUUAUGUGCAAGGUUUCUACGGCGUCCCUUCACUAUUUGUUUCUGGCAGUGCACACUUGGUCUCUGGCAUUUUCAAUACACAUGCUUCUCAAGCUGUUCAGAUUCCUUCACGGCAAAAGGACCAAGAGGAGGUUUAUACUGGCCAGCGUUGGCUGGGUGGGGCCAAUCAUUGUGGUGGCUACCACUGCAGUCGUGGCUGGUGACGGCUAUGGAGAUGAAAGACUAUGUUGGCUGAGUGUGGAUAAUGGAUCAGUGUGGGCUUUUGUCGGACCUGUUUGUUUCAUUUGUUCGGUCAACUUGCUGGUUUUGUUUUUAGUCUUAUUGGUACAGUACAGACAUGACAGUAAAAAAGCGUUGCCUCCCAUUACAAGGCUUGGGAAUCUAUUAACAACCAUCAUAACACAGCUUCCAGUCACCAAUGUCACCUGGCUAUUCGGUGUGGUUCCAGCAAAAUUCGUUGCUUUUCAAUAUUUGUUUGUCAUGCUAAAUGCUUCACAGGGCAUGAUUAUUUUCACAUGUCACAUGAUGUGCAGUAGCCAGAUAAGAAAUCUCCUGAAGACACGUUUCCAUGGAGUUCCGCCACCAGAUGGAGCCAAAAAUGAAGAGCUUACCAAGAGUGAUUCCACUGGCAACACACAGUCACUUGAAAUGGAUAUAGUGGGGGCAGAGGGGCUACGGGCUAUUGCUAUGUCCAAGAAGAGAGAUUCAUAACUCACUAAAACUCUUAUAGAAAAAUAGUAGCCUUCUCUUAUUAGACUGUAUUCAUUCAAACCUAAAGAUUUUACAUAGUUUAACAAAAAUAAAGCCAUCAAAAAAAAAAAAAGGAAUAAAAGAAUGUUUUUUGAAAUAUUUUCAUACCACAGGAUUUGCAAUCAGCAUCUUAAGUGGCACUUUAAAAUAAUUUUUCAAAAUGGAAGUAAAAUCAUUAUUUUCACGUUUAGUUAACAUAUUUUCAGAGUAAAAAGAAUAUUUUUAAUGUAAUGUUAAUUAUACUUUAAAAGUAUGAUGGUUAAAAGAAGAAAAAAGAUUUAAUUGCACAAUUUCAUUAAUUUUAAGAGGGAAAUUGGCAUUGUAUAUAUCCUAUGAGGCAGUAAGGUGAUGUGUCAAAAUCAAGAUCAUGGUAGUAAGGUUGCAUGUCCGAAACAAAGGUCACUGUAGAAAGGUGGUUGUCCAGAAAAUAGGUCAAAGAAAAAUCGUGCGCAAUAUGAGUGAAAGAACGUUUUUAAAAAUCCAACAACAAUGGGAUUUACUCAAUAUGGCAAUCUGUUCUUUUAUGUAAAAGUUUACUCAGAUUUGUAAUUUACAAAUAAGAGAAAGAUUCAAUCUCAUCUUCUUCAGAUUAGCAAUGCUUUUAUUUGAAGGAACAUCAUCACAAGUCAUUCCAAAUUAAUGACAGUAACUAUAAUAAAUGUCUUGCUCAGAAAUGAGCAUAAUUUAUCUGUA